CGCUCCGUGUCUUUGAACGGAAGGCGCCAGCAGCUGCUGCUAAUCAACAGGUAGAAGAGGGAUGCCCGCUUCGGAGCCCGUUCGGUUGGGUCGGAAACGAGUUCUGCCCGCCUGCCCGAACCCACUGUUCCUCCGGUGGCUCACUGAACUCCGGGACGAGGCGAGAGAGAAAGGACUGAAGACCCAGUACACCUACCAGAAGGCACUCAGCUCUCUGAAUAAAUACCCACUGCCACUGCGAAACGCCAAAGAGGCAAAGAUCCUGCAGAACUUUGGAGACGGCAUCUGUAAAAUCCUGGAUGAGAAACUGCAGCGUUACCAUCAAGAGAACGGUGCAGACGCUCAGAUCCAGUCCGUCUCCAGUGCAGCGCCUCCUGCAGGCAGAGCAGACAACAACAGCGUGGCACCGUCCAGGAAGAAGAACUCAGCAGGUGAUGGAGGGAAGGACAGAGCACCAGACGGGAAGAAGAAGAGGAGAGAGUACGUUCCUCAGAAGAGGUCUGGAGGCCACGCUGUUCUGCUCACGCUGUACCGACAGUCACAGAUCCCGGACAGCAAAGGUUUCAUGUUUAAGCUGGAGCUACAAGCAGAAGCUCAGCCUCUGUGUGACAAAUCUUUUACUGUGCCUGACCUGGGCAGUAAGUACACAGCCUGGACCUCCGUCAGCACUCUGAUCCAGAAGAACCUGCUCAUCAAGACUCACAAUCCUGCAAGAUAUUCUCUGACAGAAGAAGGUCUGGCUCUGGCCGAACGUCUGGCAGCAGCAGAAAGACAGACUACAGAGGAGGAAGAGGAGGAAGAAGAGGGUCCUGGAGUGGUUGACCUGACUGGUAGUGAUGAUGGAGAGGGGGAGGAGGACAGGACACAUCCUACAGGCAGCGCUGCCGGCCAGCAGAGCAGCGACACGGACGCUUCAUGUUCGUCAGAGAAACCCCAGAGUUCACAGACAACCAGCAGACACCAGGGUGGAGGAUGUCUCCUGCCUGGAACCUACGAAAUCAUCCUCUGUGUGGACUUUAUUGAGACCACUGGCGGCAGCAACCACCGGAAGCAGGAGCUGGUCAAAGAGCUGCAGAGGAACAGAGUCAACUUUGACAUCAGGAAGCUCAACGUUGGUGACUUCCUGUGGGUGGCUCGGGAAAAGGUCACACCUGUUCCAGGUCAGCUGCGAGUGCCUGCAGGCAGAGAACUGGUCCUGGACUACAUAAUAGAGAGGAAGAGGAUGGACGACCUGUGUGGGAGCAUCAUCGACGGACGCUUCAGAGAGCAGAAGUUCCGGCUGAAGCGCUGUGGUCUCCACCGGCCCGUUUAUUUAGUGGAGGAACAUGGAACGGCUGCUUCUCACCUGAGCUUACCUGAAGCUACGCUGCAGCAGGCCAUCGUCAACACACAGGUGGUCGAUGGGUUCUUUGUAAAGAGGGUUCAGGAUGUGAGAGAAUCAGCAGCUUAUCUCACCAUCAUGACUCGAUACCUGAACAAAGUGUACCAGAACCGGACCCUGAGCUGUCGGUCCAGAGAGCUGGAGGGGGAUGUGUGCGGCGCUGAGGAGGAGAGAGGAGUCCCCUCCUGCUCGCUCAUCUCUUUUGCAGAGUUCAACCACGGAGCAGUGAAGAACAAGUGUCAGACGGUGAGGGAGGUGUUUGCCAGACAGCUGAUGCAGAUCAGCGGUUUGUCUGGAGACAAAGCAGCAGCGAUCCUGGAGCACUACAGCACUCCCCACAGUCUGAUGGCGGCCUACGAGCGCUGUGCCAGCGAAGCAGAGAAGGAGAAGCUGCUGGCCUCCGUCCGCUACGGCAAGUUAAAGAGGAACGUGGGUCCAGCUCUGAGCAGAACCGUCUAUCAGCUGUACUGCACACAGGGUCCGCUGUCGUAACACUGACCAAUGACCCGUCCAGCUCAGUUCUGUUGGACCCUCUCACAGACUCACGGUCACUCGCUCAUGGUCCUGGUUCAGCAGAACCACUGAGACGAUCCUGUAAAAGACGCUGCUAUGUUUCUGUAAACCUGUCACUGAUGUGCACCAAUAAAGUUUAUUUUGAAUGUGA